GCUCCCCGCCGGGCGAGGCAGUGCCAGCCGGCCACCUCCCAUCCUCCUCUUCCUCCUCCUCCUCCUCCUCCUCGCCUUCCUACUUCUGCACCGGCUCCACUCGGGCUCCGCCGCUGCCCCUCCGCCGCCGAGGCUGCCACAGACCCCCCUCCCUCCCUCCAUCCCUCCCUCCCUCUCCCCCGCCCUCCGCCCUGUCCCCAGCGCCGCCGCCGCCGCCGCUUCCACAAGAUGGCGGGGACCGUGGCCGAGCGGGACGCGCUGAAAAUAGAGGACGGGCAUUUAAACAACUCCCUGGGCUCUCCGGUGCAAGCUGAUGUGUACUUCCCUCGCCUGAUCGUCCCCUUCUGUGGGCACAUCAAAGGAGGAAUGAGGCCGGGAAAGAAGAUCUUAGUUAUGGGCAUAGUGGACCUCAACCCCGAGAGCUUUGGCAUCAGUCUGACUUGUGGGGAGUCAGAAGAUCCUCCUGCGGAUGUAGCCAUAGAACUGAAAGCUGUGUUUACAGAGAGACAGUUUGUCAGAAACUCUUGUGUAGCCGGAGAAUGGGGGGAAGAGCAGUCAUCUAUUCCUUACUUUCCAUUUAUACCGGACCAGCCUUUUAGGGUUGAGAUACUUUGCGAGCAUCCCCGCUUUAGAAUAUUUGUGGAUGGACAUCAGCUCUUUGAUUUUUACCACCGUAUUGAAACACUGUCAGCAAUUGACACAAUAAAGAUAAAUGGAGAUCUUCAGCUUACAAAACUUGGCUGAGCUUGUUAGGACUGCAGAUUCCAAACCAGCUCAGGUGCCAUCGUCCGUUGGGAGCAGUGACAGCCAGCUCUGGACACAGCUAUGGUAGGAAGGCUGCCCUGUUCCUUUUCCGCAUGCAGUUCUUCACUCCUGUGCCGAUGAACCGGGCUGUUUUUUAUCCUAAUGAAGAGCACUGUUGGUUAAUAGACUUUGAGCCGUUUUUCUUGGAUCAAAAUAGCCCACCUGUGCUGGAUAAUCAAAUUGGAAUGGAUUCAGAAAGACUCGCAGUCUUCUUUCAAAUCUCACAGAAAGGCAAUCUYUGAAAUGCAGCGCUAAAACCGGUUACUGAACAGUAGUGACAACAAAACCAAGUUUUCUUUUGCAAAUAUUGUUUCUGCACUGAAGUGGAGUAGUGUAGCACAACAUAGGGCCAUGUGCUGACGUCCUUACCUGGGGCCUGAGCCUGGUUCCAUGGAAAUCAAUGGCAAAGCUCCCACUCACUUUAAUGGGGUACAAUCAAACUGUCUAGUCCUUAGUCAAGCACAAUUCCCACUGAUUUCUAUGGCAUUUUUGCACACACCUUUGGGGCCUGCCCUUCUGCUGGUGUAAAUCACCAUUACCUCCACAGCUCGUAAUGGAAUUUUGCUGAUUGCCCUCAGCUGCUGGUUUGGCCCAAGGACUGUGCAAAAACUGACUGAGGGUGUGUGGACACAGCCUGUGUAUUUUAGUCAGGGUAUUUGCAUAGAAUGUAGAUCGUUAUGAGUUUUUGCACAACGUAUUGUUAAUACAAUUUUUAAAACUUAUCUGUAGUUUAUUUAUUUAUACUCAUUGUAUGUAUUAUUAGUAAAAAAUGAACAAUCUUACUGACGGUUAAGAACAGCAAAGUGUAAACAUUCUGAAUGUACAAACGUCUUAGGUUCUUUGGGUAAACUUUACAUAUCGUUCUUGAAAAACCAUGUUUCCUAUCGCACAUUUAGUUACAUUUUAAUGGUGCCCUCUAGGCCCUGGGAAAAUGUGGGCAUGGUAGUUGGUGGGGGKAACUCUGCAUAUUCACUAGAAUCUGUUUUUCAGGGCUUACUAACUUUGCUGCACAGGAUAGGUUUGAGUUGAAGUUGAUCCAUUUUAAAUACUUAAACAGUAAAUUUGUGGGUUUUACUGUGCUUUUAUAACCUGAGAAAAAGUUAAAUUUGGUGAUCUCUUAGUUCAGAAGGAGAACCAGCCUCUUUCCAAGGGAGAUGGGAGAUUCUUUAUAAUUGUUUGAGAACAUAUUUGGCCUUUGAURUGACAAUUAAAACUUGUCUAGACAGCCAAGUUAUUAAUGCUUGAAAAUCAGCUACUGCACAUGAAUAAUAACUUUUCAAGUAGCUUUUUAAAUAGUAGGUAUAGCUGUAUAAACACAGUCAUUGCGCUACACUAUAAAUGAACACAGCCACUUUUCUUGACUUCCUUAGGACUAAAUACACUUUUUUUCCUUGGCUGCUCACAGUGGACUUUAGUGGGUCUUUCUGAGUAGUUAUAAUCAUGAUAUAAACAUACAUUUAGGCAAUUUUGAAAACACAUAAUAUAGGAACUAAAACAAACUAUAAAAGCUUCCUUUGUAGCACAGUAUUUAAGGAAGGAAAAAAAAAGAGAAGAAUCUCACAAACGGACCUAUGUUAAACCUGCAAUAAAAGUGUGGUUUAAAGCAACCAGAACUGGAAUAUCCAAAGUUAAGGGUAGAAUGCCAAUGCAAAGCCUCAUUUUGUGCUAAUUUGGCCUGCAGUUAAGAAGCCUUAGACUGCAAGCUGAAAUUCCAACUGUGGCUCUAGUCCAAAGCCUGUUGAGGUCAAUCAGAGUCCUCUGAGCAUAGAAGGCUGAUUCUUACUUCAUGCAAGUGCAAAUCUCCUUGUGAAGCAGGGGGGUUGUUGCUGCUGCUGCAGAUGAAUUAAGAAUCAGACUACCACCUAUAAAAUACGAGUUAAAAAUUGAAUUUUCAGCCUUAACAUCUGAUGUUCCUGACUUUUCUUCCCACUUCCAAAAUAAAAGAGAACCUGUUGUUUUCCAGAUKAUCUUUUUAUCUGGUGUGUGGCUUUUAAGCUGUACAUCAGGUUCUAUUUGUACUCCAGAUUGAAUUGAAAUGUUCCUGUCUUGCUCUGUUUUUACUCUUUUACAUGAUACAUAAUGACUGUGUCAUUUUUCCAUUGUAUAAAGAAUGCUGACAGUGUUUCGGUACAGAAUAUAUUCUUAAAAAUUAUGAUAAUAAAAAUCCAAGGGAAAGGUGCUUCUACAUGAGGUAUUUUGGAUUUUUCUCCAGCUUGGAAGUUCUCUGUGGUUCCAAAGCUGAUGCAGGCAGAAGAUGAAUUGUGUUUGGAGAAAAAUUUAGCACCCUCUGUGCCUAGUGCUUUUUCCAGCUGGACAUCCAAAGCCGGGUUUGCUGAUGCAGGGCCAGAGCCUGCUGGGCUCUGGGGGAAGUUUUGAGCAGAAAUAGGUGUAAUAUUGCUGAACCGGUUGAAUGUGACGUGUGCUUGAGGCCUCGCAUCUUUCUCAAGGGCUGUUUUGAGUAAACAGCCUGAAAACCAAAGGGAGAGCCUGAAUCACCGUUCUGCUGUGCCAGCUUUCCACCCUUGUCACUCUCCUGCUGCGAGGCUGAGACUGAAGCCAAGAGAUUUUCAUGCAARGGAGCAACACUGAGAUUUUUAUCUUCAGAUUUGAAGGUAUUYAUUGUGGAGGAAACAAGAGCAGACACAAGAGUAGCCACACAUCACUCUUCACCUUGGUAGUAAGAACAUGAUGUGUUGUAGUCCUAACAGAGCAGGAGUUCAGAAGGCAUUUGUGGGUAUUUCAGAGCCAGACAACAGCACAGGCUGUGGAAAUGCAGGGUGGCUUCCCAGAGAUGGGCUUUUUCCACAUUUUUAGCUGCCACCUUCUGCAACCCCCCACCAGGACCUGUGGCAAUGAACCAGCAUUGUUUGCAAGCUUGGAUAGCCUGAAUUGGUUCGUGUUCCUACUCGCCUGAUGUAAAACAGGCUCUCAAAUAAAUAACAGGAAAAUAUAGGAGUAGCCAUGCCACUAAGGUAUUUUUUCCCCACACACAUUCAAGCAGUAUUAUCUGAUGUGGGGCUCAUUUUGCCUCCUAUACACAAGAAGUGUUCCCCCACAGAAAGCUCCAUCAGUGUUUUCUGCACUGAGGCUGGGUACAGAGACAUUUCCAUGCAGAAAACUGCAGAACCACAAUUCUGCUGAGCCAGCUAGCAACCUUCCAGCACYCCUGGAGAUGUUAUGACAGUGAAAGGAACAAAAGUCAGAGGCUGAGGGCAGCCCCAAAUGCCUGCUGUGAUAAGCACAGAAGUUAGGAAGRAAAGCUUACAGCAGCUUAGGAACAGCAAGUGACUGACUGGUGGAGGGUUUUUGUAAUUGUGGUAUUGUUCUGAUUUYCUCAUGUGGAUCAGAAAGCACACAGGUGAAAGUCACUUUGCAAUGAAUGGUGUGCGGGCUUAGAACCAAGGCCAACCCAAACGGGGAGAAAAAAAAAUGAGCUGCAGACGCCCUAUCUGGCUUUGAUACACCCUCCCAGCUCCUCCCAGCAAUCAGGGCUGUUAUGAACACAGACAAUUACUACAACAAGGAGAUUCAGCAUGUGCAAGAUCAAAAUAAUAAACUCCUACCCUGCCACAGGUCCUCCCUAGCUCCUGUUGCUAGGCCUCUCCAUCUGUCUGUCAACAAAUAACUAUGUCCUUCUGCUUUUAAAAUCCAUGUCAAAAAUCCCUUUGACUUUCAUGGAAAUAAGGUCCCUAAGAAAAGAGUUAUUUCUAGCUCUUUCUCUCCAGUUAUUUUCAGCUGGGGCAUACUCUAAAACUGCGUUUAUUUUUAAGUGUGAAUAGAAGACUAUUUCUGACUGCAUUAUACAUUGGAUGGAGUCAACAGGAAGCACAGCCUCUCUCUGCUGCAGAACACUGGUUUCACAGUUCRCUGGUGCAAUGUCUUGUAUUCAUUACCUUCUGAUUUUAAAAAGUGAGAGUGUGCACGAAAUGGCCGGGCAAUAACAGUAAUAUGUAUCAUUCACCACAGAUCUAUUUUUAUGUGUUGUGCUGAUUUCAUAAUGAACUUUUAAUAACAAUAAAACAGGAAAUGUUCA